AUUUACUUUUUCCCUAUAAAACAACAAAUACGAUCAUUGUGAUUAUUAUCUCUAGUCCUAAAUAACGAGACGGAAAAAAUUUAAUUGUAUAAGUACCACGUAUUGCAAGUGUCCAACUCCGUAUCUCCGUGUUUAUCGUUCUUAUCGCUUGUAGAGAAUAAUAACAUAACUGCUUCAUUUCAAAUAAAGAUUAACAGAGACGACUCUUGGAUGUGUGUGAUAAUCACGUGGCAGUUUCGUACAAAUUUGUCCAUGUUUUCCUCGAAAUCAUGGAUAACCAUCCGGUAACCUCUCAAGGAUUUCAAGUAAAAGUAAGCGACACGGUCCAAGUCUGGUUAAAAUCGUUGGAGGUGUACAUCAACGAACCAGCGGUAAAGAAAAGCGAGCGACAAAUAGUUUAUUUAGCAGAUUCACUAACAGGGGACAAUAAAGUGGCUUGGUUAUUAAGGGCAAUAAGUUUUCUCGACUUAACCACUUUGAGUAACGACGAUACGAACAACACAGUGGAACAAUUGUGUAAAAAUGCUGCAAAUCCCGUAAAAAGCCUGCCAUUUCAAUGGAAUAAGCCGCUUCACACAGCUGCCGUUUGUGUUUAUCCAUCCAAAGUACAAGCUGCAGUGACUACUUUAAAGAGACUGAACAAGAAUAAUGAAAUUAAGAUUGCGAGUGUGGCAGCAGGUUUUCCUUCUGGACAAUAUCCAUUGGAGACGCGAUUGCAGGAAGUGCGCUAUGCCAUAAAAUUUGGAGCGCAGGAAAUAGAUGUUGUGAUUGAUCGUUCGUUAGUUUUGAAUCAUGACUGGAUGAAACUAUAUGAUGAGUUGACAGCUAUUCGUAAAGUUUGUAAUGAGAAUGAGGAAAUAUCAAUAUGUUUGAAGGUUAUCAUAUCAUCAGGGGAAUUGUUCAAUUUGAAAGAUGUGUACAAAGCAUCUAUGGUAGCUCUGUUUGCUGGCGCUAAUUUUAUCAAGACAUCUACGGGGAAAGAUACAGCUAAUGCGACGUUGCCAAUGGGCAUUGUUAUGUGUAGAGCGAUAAAAGAGUAUGAAAGACUGACUACAAAAAAGAUGGGCUUUAAACCUGCCGGAGGCAUUAAAACUGCACAAGAUGCUUUACGAUGGAUGGUCUUAGUUAAGGAAGAAUUGGGAAAAGAUUGGUUGACAAACGAACGUUUUAGAAUUGGUGCAUCCAGUUUAUUGGUUGACCUUGACAAAGAAAUUAAUAAAACAUAUAAAGAAGCUUCAGUUUUACAAGAAAAAGAUCCUGCCUCCAAUGAGCAGAUACCUGAAAGUUCCAAAGAAGAAAAUUCUAAAGAAAAUAUACCAUUCAGUGAAGAAAAGAUACCUAAAAGUUCGAAAGAAGAGAAAAAGAAUAAGAGAAAAGAAGAUAAAUAAGACUCUAGAAAUUAGAUCUGGUGGAAACAAUGAUAAAAUAUUUUUGUAUCAUUUCUAUAUAUUCAUAAUUUGAAACUAGUUUGUGCUUUUUAUAAAUUUCAAUAAAUUUUAUUACAUAAUGUGUUGUAAGAA